AUGCCGAUAUACUUAAAGUCGCCAGACACUAUCGAAGAAUGGAGAACCAUUGCUUUCGAAUUUGAAAAAGAAUGGAACUAUCCUAACUGUGUAGGGGCAAUUGAUGGUAAACACGUAUGCAUAGAAGCUCCAGCUAACUCUGGUUCCGCAUAUUAUAACUACAAAAAAUUUUUUAGUAUGGUUCUUAAGGGAAUAUGCGAUUCCAAGUACUGUUUCACGAUCGUCGAUAUAGGAAGUUAUGGCAGAGAUAACAAUGCGUCUAUAUUCAAUGAAAGGGAAAUAUACAACGCUAUUCAAAAUAAUUUAUUAAAUCUUCCUGAACAUAAAACAACAUCAUCGAAAUCGAAACUUCCACCAGUUUUAAUUGGAGAUGACAUUUUCGCUUUGAAACCCUGGCUCAUGAAACCAUUUCCUGGUAAAAAUCUAUCAUUUGAAGAAAGAAUAUAUAACUAUCGUCUAUCAAGAGCAAGAAGAACAAUUGAAAAUACAUUUGGUAUUCUUGCAGCAAAAUGGAGAAUAUUUUGA